ACGGAAGAUGCCACUGGAGGCGGGACCGAAGCUGAGAGAAGGCGCCGAAAGCGAGAGUAUCAGCGGAGGAAAGAAAUGAUCCUCUGACGCGUUUCCAGUCCGGCACAAGAAGACGUAGAAGACAACUGGGGAGGAGACUAAUAAACCUCGACGGAGGAAGAGCUGUCUCGCAUCUGGAGGAGUCCUACAACUGAAGGGGAAAGAUGGGUGGAAAGCCCAGCAAGAAACUCGUUCCCAACAGGCCGCUGCCCAAGCCGAUGGUGCCCGUGGCCCAGAAAGCGGUCCCGAAACGGGAGGUCAAAAUGGUGCCACCCGACGGAGGCUGGGGCUGGAUGGUGGUCCUAGGGGCGUGUUUAACCUUCUUCUUCUUUCCUGCUGUGACGGUGGCGUUCGGUGUAAUGUUCCGAGAUCGACUCGUGGAAAUGGGCGCCAACUCGACGUCCUUCACCCUAAUCGGAAACGCCCUCAGCACCGUCUGGAGCUUCACGGCCUUGCUGGCGGCGCCAUUAUCUGAGCUCUUCGGCCAUCGGAAAAUCACCAUGACUGGUGGUCUCCUGGCGUUUUUGGCCAUGAUCCUCUCCGCCUUCAGCACGAACCUCUUCACAUUUGGCCUCGCCUACUCAGUUAUUGGAGGAAUCGCCGGGUGUUUGUGUACGUUCAACGGAUUCACAAUCAUCCCAUUAUAUUUUUCCAAGAGGAAAGGUUUCGCUAAUGGUUUGGUGUCGUCGUCUUCGGCGAUGGGUAAAAUUGCCAUGGCUCCCUUGGUGCAACUUCUCUUGGACACCUACGGGUACAAGUGGGCCUGUCUGGUGAUUGCUGCUCUCUCUCUGCACUCAUGUGUGUCUGGGAUGUUGUUUCAACCACCCCGUUGGCAUCAGGUUCCCGAGCCAGAGGACUCCGAUUGCGAAAUCAUAGACAUGGAAGAAACAAUAUCCUCGACGUCCAGAGACGAGAGCCAUUACGAGAGGCUGAGAUCCAGGAGUGUGAGAGGAGGAGGAGAAGAAGAAGAGGAGGAGAAUGUGAUUUUCGACAAGCCUACGGCAUCGCCUUCCGUCCCGCCCGUGAGGCGGCAAAAGAGCGAAGACGAGGUGGUCCUCUUCACCCGAGAGGCAGGUCAGGAACACGCCCAACCCAAGACGGUAGUGGAGAGGCAUCUAUCGGUCGAGUCUACGCUAUCCUGGGCGGGGUCGCUGGACAUGAUGCCUCCGGUGGGUCAUAAAGUCUUCGAUGACGAUGGCGACGCGGGAAACGGAAGUUGUUGUGAUGACUUCGUUGUGGUGAAGGUAUUCCGCAUGCUGAACUACUCGAUGCUGAAAGACCCGAAAUUCCACCUGGUGGCCUGGCCAAACGCCCUGUGCAUUAUGGGAUACCUCAACUCAAUGUACGCCUUGCCAGGAUACAUCACGAGUCUGCACUAUACUGACAUCAUGGCUGCUUUUGCAAUUUCCGUCUUCAGUGCAACGGAGGUGGUAUGCCGUCUGGGAUUCGCAGCCCUGUCCGAUUAUGGUUGGUUCCCGGUUGAGAAGGCCUAUGUCUUUGGCAUCGCUCUCUCUGCAGUGGCCAUGACAGCCCUGACACUUGUUCCAACAUACGAGUGGAUUCUGUUCUGGGUCGCGAUGAACGGAAUAGCUCUCAGCCUCACAAGCGUCCUUUUGAUCCAUCUCAUGAUCCGGUACCUGGGACAGGAGAACUAUGCCCAAGUCAUCGGUUUCUGCUCCAUCCUGAACGGUCUCACGCUCAUCACAGGAGGGCUUAUUGUCGGUGCUGCGCAUGAUCACUUCGCCUCCUAUAAAUGCGUUUUUUACAUCCUGACGAUCUACAUAGGAUGCGGGGCUGUCAUCUGGAUCGCUUGGGGUGGCUACGAAUUCAUGAAAUCUCGCGCCAGGAGCGUGUCUGUCAGGCCAACCAUUGAAUGAUACAGUUUCAAGACCCUGGACUUGCAGUGUUCAUUGAUGAAGAGUGAUCUCUUUCAUGGUGCAUUCGCCAGUGUGUAACAUUGCUCCCACAAAUAUAUUAUAAUCCCUGGACAUUGCUGAAAGUGAAUGAUAAGGGUAUUGUCUCCUCGCAGACUUAUUACCAAUAGAUCUUGAGUCGUCAUCUUGCAAUAUUUGCGGCAAGCAGAGCAGGAGGCAUAAAGAUUCAUGGAAAAUGUCAUUAUUGCUCUUUUGAGUUACACAAAUAUUUAUUGGUAGAAGUGUCUUGUUUGUCUAUUAUUUUUCUUAUUAUACUUUUAUCUCUUUUAUGUUAGCCUCAUGAGUAUUUUAGUAAUUAGUGUUAGUAAAAUAUUUAUUGGUGAGAUGCAAAGGAUUCUUGGCCUCAUGGCAUGUAUCAAAAACAUUUUAGCUAAGUCUAGCUAUUUGUGCAUUACAUUAAUGAACAUUCCAUAUGAAAAAAAAAUCUGAAAAUGAGAACCUUUAUAUAAUCGUACUAAUCUUGUUUUUAUAUUGUGCAUGUUCCUAAAUAUAGCAUUUGGUUUUUAAC